GUGGCGCGGGCGAGGCAGACGCAGUUAAACAAAAGCCUGUUGCUUGCUUGAGCGUUCAGAGUAGGUUACUAGGAACGUUACUUACAUCGCAAAGCUGGCAGAUACAAGUUGGACUACUUUCUUCCUUCAUCCUGCACCUCUUAACUUUCAUAAAGUGGAAACAGCGGUUUGAGCGGUAGCUCAUUCAUACAACGUAUAGGUUAUAUUUUUACACAAUGCAAAGCUGAAAUGUCUCUAUCAUCUGAGAUGGAGAAGAUUUCUACAGAGGAUGAUUGCGUGGAUUCCGGCGCAGAGACCGGAGGGUCUGAUUACAGUCCCAUGUCCUCAGCGAGCAGUGACUUCUCCAUGGGGGAACUCCAGGACCCCUUCCUGGUCAGUGUCCACCUCAUCAGUGACCCGGGCCAGGGCAAGACCCUGCAGCGUGCUGCCGACGGCGUCCUCUCCUGGCUCCACCCCCAGCUGCAGCUGUUCCGCGUCUCCGAACGCACGUCUCGCCAGGCGCGCCGCCCCUCCGCCUCCGCCGGCAAACGCCAGUCCUCACAGUGCCCGCCCCCGCCGUCCCUCUCCUCCAAUCACGGCCCCCCGCAGUGCCAGCCGGCGCUUGCCGUCAUCCUCUUCCUGCAAGAGUCGGACGGCGGCGAGGAGCAGAUCGCCGCGCUGCACCGCGCCCUCCAGCGGCCGCCCUGGCGCUUCCACCACACUGAGCGUGUCAGCGGGGGGCGCCACGUGCUGCCGCUGGCGCCCGGCAGCCAGGACUUCUUCACCCUGGCCCCCGGCACGCCGCUGUGGGCGGUACGGCAGGUGCACUACGGGAAGGAGAUCGUGCGCUUCACCGUGUACUGCUGCUUCGACAGCUUCCCCGACCAGGUGAGGCUGUACCGGCUGUUGCUGCGGAGACGGCUGGCCCAGAGGAAGGAUGACUUCUGCUUCCUGGUGGUUUACUCCAACCCCGACACGGAGAUCCAGCUGUCCUUCAAGCGGUUGCCGCGGGGACAGAGCCCGGUUGCCACAGAGUCGUCGGUGAUGGAGGUGCGUGUGAGGGAUGUGGGGGCUCUGGUGCCCCUCCUGCCGCACCCCUGCAGCCCCAUCAGCGAGGCACGCUGGCAGACGGAGGAUUACGACGGGAACAAGAUCCUGCUGCAGGUCCAGGGUGCCCGAUCUAAACGCUGGAACACAGACGGUCAGGGCGGACAUCUUGUGGACGACUCCUCCCCCAUCCCUUCCCCUCCGCCCAGCGAGCUGGUGGCAGCUCCGCCCCAGUCCAACCUGUUAGGCCGCGCCCCCGUCUCCACCCGGACCCGGCGCUACCACCGUCAGUCUCAGAUCAGGACCCAAAACCACGAGCCCAGACUCCGGGCCUGCCAGGCCUCCCAGACCUCCCUGCCUCUGGCCUGGGAGGAGGGCGAGGCGGGGGACGACUGGGCUCCACAGCGCCACCCGGAGGCCUGGAGGACCCAGUGGACCAGCCACCGCGCCAGCUCCCUCUUCUCCCUGCCCACCACCCCGGGCCACGCCCGCUCCACCUGCUCCUCCCCCGGGGCCCCGCCCAGCCCCCCAGCCCUUCGCCACACCCUCCCUCACUCUCGCAGUGCCUCCCUGGUCCCGCCCUUCCGCCUAAACGUGGACGCUCUGAUUGGCGCGGAGGAGACAGACGUGGACACUGGGAUGACAGUGGAGACUGGCAGCAUAGUGGACCUAUCGGUGGUGUCCGCUUAUAACAAGCCCCGCCUCUCGCGAACGCCCCGCCCCGUAUCUGCCCCGCCCGAAGACGUUGGACCGGUUCCCCCCGGGCGCGUCGUAACCAAGGCAGCUACGUUAGGCCGGCCCCCGAUCCCCACGAGAAGCAGCAGCCUCUCCUCCAAGAGCAUGCCUGCCACCCUGCAGCGGUCCCGCCCCCAAAGUACAUGCCUGCCAAUGAACGGGCAUCUCACAUGGAGUGACAACUCCCUCAGCCAAUUGGACAGCACCAAGACAAGCAAUGGGGAGGUGACGCAGAAGAGUGAGGGCCAAUCAGAGGAGGAUGAUCAGGAGUUUUACAUUUAAAAGCCAGUGGGUGGGUUAGAGAUUAGAGACCAGUGAAGACAAGUUUCUGUAGAAGUCUCAAUUAAAGACACAUUAGAAUUGCAAAGGCAGUUCAAAGACUUAUUUAUAUGCCAUUUCUAUGUGAUCGUAUGAUCGUUUUUUGUGUUUAUUUGUGUUUUUGUGGUGUGUGGAUACUGUUUAAUAUUAAGUAAAUAUAUGGUUUUCGUUUUUGUUGAAGUAUAUAUAUUGUGAUAAGAUACUUCUGGUUGUCUGUAUAGCACAAAUUAAAGUAUACUUUUCAGA